AAACCGGCUUAUUGAAGAAGUAACCAUGAAAUCUGGAGCUUACUUUUUGAUAAGAUACACAUGAAAGGAUUUGAAAUCCAUUAAGACGUAAGAAAUGAAAGUGAUUCAUCGUUUGAAAAUAAACUGCAGCUGACGAUAUACAUCGUGGAAACAGUUCAUGUCGAGUGAGAAACUAGUACGCAGGCAGACGACAGUUAACGUCUGACGUCACGUUCAACGUGCGUUACCAUGGAUACUCUUCAGCAGAUAAAGGAGGAGUUUAUCGUCUGCCCUAUUUGCAGCCGUCACUUUAAGGAUCCAAAACUACUUCCAUGUUUGCAUACAUUUUGUUACAAAUGUCUCCUAGACCACGUGCUUCAACAUAGCAACAACAAUGACAACUCUGUUCAAAAUGGCGAAACAGCAGACGAGCCACAUGCUUCUGUUUUCACUUGCCCCGUUUGUAAGACGGAUACAGCUUUCUUGAUGUCCGAAGACGGUCAAAGGAUAGAAAAGGGAUUCUCUGAUAAUCAUCUGAUGGCUAGUUUAGUUGAAAAAAUCAAUAUUUACAAAGCUGAUCAAUCAUGCGAAUCUUGUGCUGCGCGCGCAUCGCAGGGUCAAGGUCAGAAACCGAAAGCGGAAGUAUGGUGCCAGAAUUGUAAAAUGGCGUUCUGUGAUGGUUGUAUAAAGGGACAUAAUGUCAUCAAAGCAUGUAGAGAUCACGUAGUGACAUCCCUAAAAGAUAUGAAGGUGAAUCCAUUGAAAUCUCUUCAAAAUGCAAAACGCGAAAUCCCAUGUGUCGAACACAAAGAUAAACUUUUAGAAUUUUACUGCUUGGAUUGUCGUGAAACGAUUUGUUCAAUGUGUGUAGCCAUGUAUCACAGGAGAUGUGAAAUGGUAGAGCCAUGUGCAGAAUCCGCAAAGAGACUAAAACCUGAAACUGACAACGUUUUGAAAGACCUUGACCUUCAAGGUUCAUCCUUGACUGAUUGGCAAAAAGAUCAUGUGAAAGAAAUUGAAGAGCUAGAAGAAAACAAAUCGUCCCUGAUUACUGAGAUAAAGACUGUACGCAAAAAUAUCGAUUUUCACCUAGCAAGAAUAGAACAAUUAGCUCUCGACGAGUUGGAUUUGAAACAUACUCAGGCCAUUGUGGAAGUUAAGGAUAGACUCAAUGAAAUUGAAGGUUUAAAGAAGAGUUUGGAAAAUACACAGAUGUUCUUGAAACAUUUGACUCAAUACGGCAGUGACUCCGAAUUCCUGACUGUGUUCGACAAAGUUAAAAACCAAAUAAUUGAGAUGAAUACUGGGAUCAACCGCCGGAAGGUCGCUAAACUGCUAUUCCGGCAUAAAUUUGCCAUUGACCCCGCCCUAGCACGUGUUUAUGAUUUAAAACAAAUGGGAAAGAUAGUUGACGUUAUCGAUAUGAACAAAGAUACGUUCAUGGUAAACGGUGAAAACGGUACGGAACCACUGUCCCCCGUACGUCGCAGUUCUAUCAAACGGACGGGGACGUUCAGGGUAGAUAAAAAUGAGAACGAAAAACAAACCUCUCCUCCUCAGCAGCAGGCAGGGACCACUAAACAGCAAACACUUCUGUCUCCUCCUCAGAGAGUUCAACAGCGCCAAACACUCCAAACAAUUCCAUCGUCUACAAAAACUUCCUCCCACGCCAGUCUCUCAACGAAUUCAAGCGAAUCUAACGAAUCAAUGAGCUCUCAAGAUCCCCUUGACACUCCUCGACGUAACGCUAUAUCGCAUCGCCGUCAGCAACAACAGGAAGCAUGCGCGCGUCUAACCGCAGGCUCUACUGGAUCACUCCCGCGCCCAAAAAGGGUCCAAAGUUCCGUAGAGUUUCGCAAAACUCAGGCAAUACAAUCUACGCCGGCUCAAAGAAGCUCGCGGACACCACCGACGCAACGUCGCUCACAGAGCACUAUUAACGGACGCCCACCUUCAGGUGAUAAACCAGUCAGACCCGAACGUCGCUCCAAAACACCGGAUCAUAGCAUACUUUCCCCUGGUAUACGAAAACGUGAUGCAAGCGUAGGCAAGACUGAAAGCGUUUUGUCCCCGCCCUUAGCUCGACGUUCGGAAAUUACACCGCCAAAAUCACCGAAGCAACCGCGACCGGCGCCAAUAAUGGAGAAAACCAAUGCUCAGCUACUGUGUGCUUUUAAUGGACGUACGGAAAAUGACGGCAAGAAAUGUUGGCCUCUUGACGUCACGGUGCUAUGUGAUGGUACACCUGUGAUUACUGACUUCCAUAAUAAGAAAAUAAAAGCGUUUGACGCCUCCGGUGCUGUUAUGUGUGACGUACUCUUACCGUCGUGGCCUCAUGGAAUUACAAACGUUGAAAAAUCUGACGUCGUUGUGACGUUACCCGAAAUAUCAACGCUUGUGUUUGUGACUGUAAAUGAAACGACGAUGAAGCUGCAAAAGCGUAUAAAGACUGUGAAACAAUAUCGGGGCAUAUGUUGCUACGAAGAAACAGGCGACUGCAAACCAACCAUUAUCGUGUCUUGUUGUGCUUCAAACAACCAGUCCGUUGACGUCCUGUCUCUCGAAGGCGAGGUUCUAUUUACUCACCGACAAGAUAACCGCCAACCGAACCGGAAUCUCUUUACAUGGCCGUACUACGUUGCCGUUAACAACGACGGCGAAAUAGUUGUGUCCGACUGUGAAACGAAAACUGGACUUCUGUAUUUGGACAAGAAAGGGAACGUCAAGUACGAUUAUCUUGCCAUAGGAGUUGUUAUUCAAGACCCUCGUGGAAUUUGUACGGAUUUAGAUGGUAACGUCUAUCUGGCGGACAAAUCUGCUCACGCUAUUCAUAGUCUCACAGCAGACGGUCAAUACAGGAAGUGUGUGGUUAGCGCACGUGACGAGCUCGUUCAGCCAAUCGCUGUGUGCGUUAGCCCGUUUGGACAUAUCAUUGUAACUCAAGACAACGGAGACAUUAAAGUGUAUGCUAUAGACUAGAUUUGUUUGUGGCUUAACCCACAUCAGGGAACAUCCUCUCGGCUUCUCAUAAUAGACAUGCACCGCCCUGCGUUCAAUAAAUGCGCUUGCGGCUACUGUUUGUGAUUUGGUUGGCCGCUUGCGGUGUAUGCGCUGCGGUACAAAACAAAUCAGUCUGCUGACGUCAGGACUAUACUGGUGUUUUCUUAGAAAGUGAUUCAAGUCAUUUUAAUACAGUUCUCCACAAUCGAGCAUAUAUAUGAUUAUUAAAAAUCUGAAUCUUGGACAAUCAAGUCAAAUAUCUCCAAUUACCGAACACGUUUACAAUCUUACAUAGUUUAAAUAGUUAGUUUUGUUUUGCGGUUGAAAUUUUUCUACAAAUAUAACAUCGGAAAAUGUUCGGAACCAAUAAUGUUGAUUUUAUCAUUUUUGAGUUUAUUAAUUAAAGUUUUAUGGCAAUCGGGUUUUCAAAACAGAGAUUUUAAUGCCAUUGUUUAUUGGAAAAGAUACAAUCUUGAUUGGUUAUGUAUAAGUCAAUUAAAUUUAAUAUUCAUAAGUGUUUAUUCAUCGCUGUUAAAAGUUUAUGAACAAACAGCAAACUUUAACUGAAAAUUCUUAUUUGAAUACAAAUUUGUUAUUUCAAGCCUUAAUGAGAUGCUGUGAACAAGUUGUUAACUUUAAAGAAGUUCUGAACAGUCAGCCCAUUGACAUUAACUAAAUUAAAUAUUCUGUAAUACAAAAAUGAUAAAUGAUACAAUACGAUAUGUGCCUUGCAUGAAACAGUAUAUAAUGUCCAUAGCAUAUAAACAAAUACAUUAAAGAAUGGAAAUAAGUACACACACACACAUUUUCUGGAGCUAAUGGUUGAAAUGUUAUAACAUCCUAUUAUAGUUAGUAUGCGUGUGUAAGCAAAUGUAUCAAAAAAUCUGCACGAUUAUAAAAAAUGUCUUUUGCAUUAUUUGCUGUAAAUAAUGUGCUUUCUAAAUCAAUUAAUAUCAGAUAAAUGCAUCGCACUUAUUGAACCUGUUAACGACUGAAUUUGCAUGGUGUGUUUAAAAAAUUUGUACAUUCAGGUGAACACUGUUUAUAGACCCGGAAGUGAUGGAUAAUAUGUUAAAUUACUCGCCACGUGCAGAAAUAGUCACGGUGCUGCAUGCACUCUACAUGGACUGAUGGACAAUGGUACCGAUGUACACUGGAGGCCUGAUCACCCCAAGUUGCUUUGCCGUCAUUCAAAAUAAUUUUAUUUUAAGAAAAUAUAUUUUAAAUAUACCGAACAAUUAAUACUGAAAAAUGUUUGUUUGGCCAUCAAACGUCGGAUUUCAGUUGAAAUAAUGAUCAAAAACUAGAAAUGCAAUGACUUUAUCUAUGACGUUUUUUGGUCAUUUGUUUUACAUAUUUGUUAUCCAGAAGAAAUGCCCUUUCGAAUGGUGCAACAUGUUAAUGGAAUCACCAGCUACAGGCAUCAGCAUUUAACAGUGCAGCCAAUGGCAAGACCACACCAACAAUACAUGUAUACAUCUGAUACUUUCAGUAAAACAUUCUGAUAUUUGCAUUUUUUAGGGUAAGAUCUAUCAUGUAUAGUCAGUCUUACAUUAUUUAAAUUCACAUAUGUUUUUUGACAUGCCUUUUAGUUAACAGAUUAUCUGCAUAACUUGUACAAACGAAUUAUUAAGAUAUAUCUUUGUCACGUUCUUUCUGUAAUGUCGUAUUUUAAAUGCGAAUUAUAACGCUUCACUCGGUUGACAUGCUCUUUUUAUGCUCAACGAAAGCAUGUUUAGCUAUGUACAAUGUAUUCUUUGUAAGUGUCAACAUAAUGGACUGAAGAAAUUCGUAAACUACUCUGAUUUGUGAAUACACUCGAUCACUAUUUUAUAACCUGAGACAAGCCAGCAUCUUUUUAUAAGAUUUCCGAGAUCUUGUUGUGCUUUAACCUUAACGACAUUGAGACAAUUGUAUAUACGCCAAUUGCGGGGUUAGAUCAGGGCAGCAAAAAACGACAACAAACAAUUAAUAACAUUUCAAAGGCUGUUAUAAUGCUGUUAAUACACGUGUUGCUGUUAGUUAGUUUUUAGUUAUGCUAGUAAAUAUAAGUAUGUAUGACAGGUUUAUAAAACAAAGUUUAUGUGUGUGUGGUUAAAGCAACACUAUUAACAUGGAUGCAGUAAUAGUUACAGCAACAUCAAUCAUGGUGACAUUGUACACACAUGCUUCUUCGCGAGUGCAUUAUUUCAACCACGAGGAUAGCGGAUGAAGUUACCGUAUUGUAUCAUGUUGUCAUGAACAACGUUCAAUAACUUGUGUGCGUAUAUGUGAAUUGUGUUGUAAUUUAUCCACACACUAGUUUCUGCAUGGUAGAGCCCCAGUUAGUUCUAACUAUUAUGAUAUGAGAGUUUAUAUAUAAACGAAAAUAACAUAGAGCAUAAUUAUAUAUAUAUAUAGUAGUUUAACAUUUCUUGUCAUGUUAAUUGAUGUAUAUACGUGUAUUGUAUUUGUGAUAUCGUCAUAUGUAUUUAUUUGUUUCAUAUUUAUAAAAUGUUAUAUUAAAGGAUGGAAAUACAUGCAAAUAAAAGGAUAAACU